UAUUCCAGAAUUGAGACAGGCAAAGCAUAUAUUUCAAUAUGUGAUGUCCUCUGCGGCCCCGUGGCCUGGGAUUACUGGCUGGCAAACGUGCAGUUGUGUUACUCCCUCCGUGCAUGAGGUGCGGGGUGCGGCGGAGACGCACGCGGCGUGGUGCCUCAGGCGAGGUUCGCGCGCUUUUCCGCUUCCGGAGAGGUGGCGGGACAGUCUGUUAGCAGUCACAUCGAUCUGAAGUCACCACCCUACAUGUUAUUACAUCCACGACAACGAAACAAACUUCUAAUUCGUUUCGAUGAUCAAAGCACGUUGCGGAUUUAAUCUGAUAUAUUAUGAAAUUUAAAAAUGUCAACACCGUGGAAUGGUUUGUUCGUUCGUCCUUUUUUGUGUUUUGAUUAAAAAUGAUAGUUUGAGGUAUAAACUUCGGCGUCCUCCUCUGGAAAACUGCUGGGCUUUAAGAUGCAGUGGACGCCGGAGCAUGCGCAGUGGGCGGAGCAGCACUUUGACAUCACCGCCAGUGCCCACUCCCAUAUGCAUAAGGCUGAGGCUUUUGUGGGUCACCUGCAGCACAGCUAUCACUACGCCUGGGCCAAUGAUGACAUAUCAGCCCUCACCGCCUCCAACCUCCUGAAGAAGUACGCCGAGAAGUACUCGGGGAUCUUGGAGAACCCCGAGGAGCGGAUGCUCCUGGGCCCCUACUCGGACGCCACGGGGCUCCUGAACGGGAGAAAGUGCGAGAGCGAGCCUUGGCAGGAUGGGAUCUAUCCGGCGAGCUGUGUUCCAGAUGGCAUGUGUGUGAGUAAGGCUGGAGUGACAGCUGCCCUGCCCCCGGCAGACAUCUCUGCCAGCAUCGGCAGCUCCCCGGGGCUGGCCGGCAGCUUGACGGAGACCAGCUACUCCAGCAGCAGCUGCGGAAGUCACACGGUUGGCGGUCUUCACUCGGCGCUCUCAUCCCAGGAGUACCCGACGGCUUACAGUGGCUCCUUCCUGCAUUCGAGCUACGGCGGCCAGUCUGCCCCUGGCCUCUCCUCCCCUCACCCCUCGCCUUUGCAUGGCUCGGGGCUCCUUCAGCCUCCUCCUCCUCCACUGCCCCCCCAGACUCUGGUGCCCACCUACAACACGGGUUCCUCGGGGAUUUCAAGUUACGGUUACUCUCCCUCAGAUUACCCCCCACAGACUGCGGUCACCACGGCCUACAGCCCUGGGGGGGCACCACCUCCUUCUGCCUACUUGCCUUCGGGUAUCGCAGCCCCUACCCCACUGCCUUCCUCCACUCUCCCCGGUUAUUCCUACGAGCCUCAUACCCUUGCGACGGUCACACCAACACCUCUGAGUGUCAGUUCGUCCGGCUCAAUGAAAAGGAAGGCCUUCUGUAUGACUGGGCAGGGGGAGAUAAACCCCCCUUAUGGAAACUUCAACUACAGCCAGCAGUGCUCCCCCGGAAGCCCUAUAUAUAGCAUGCCGGACAGCGGCAUUCCAAAUGCUGUUGGAGGAAGCAGCUUUGACAGAAGUGCUGAGACGUCAUCUUUGGCAUUUAAACCCUCAAAGCAGCCUGUGUCUUCUGAUCAACAAAGGAAGUUCAGCAGUCAGUCCAGCAGGGCGCCAACUCCUCCGCCCUACCUUUCAUCUAGAGGGUCGAAGUUGAGCGAGCCCUUCAGCCGGUUCGCAUCCCCCGGUUCGAGCGAGCAUGGUGAUGAGCACGCGCAUCUCUCGCACCCAAUACCGGGGCCGGGAGCUGGAUCCAGAAUCGUCUCGGCUACCUCAUCUGCCCAGUCUGCAAGGAAGCAGCUUAAGGAAGUCGAUUCCCAUCUCGUUGAUUUGGUCACCAGUGAGAUUGUCCAGCAGGACCCCCCCAUGGACUGGAGUGAUAUAGUCGGGCUAGAGGUGGCCAAAGCUGUGAUAAAAGAAGAGAUCAUGUGGCCCUUCCUGAGGUCUGAUGUGUUUUGUGACCUUUCUACCAUACCCCGGACUGUUCUCUUGUUUGGACCCCAGGGAACUGGCAGGACAUCGUUGGCCAGGUGCAUAGCUAGCCAGCUGAGAGCGACAUUCCUUAAACUCAGUGGCUCUGCCCUGGUAACAAAGUGGUGCACCGAUGGGGAGAAGAUCAUCCAUGCCGCUUUCUUGGUAGCUCGUUGCCGCCAACCCUCCGUGGUGUUCCUUAGUGAUGUCGACUUGCUACUCUCUUCCCAGCUUGGUGACGACAGCCCGUUGGACAGAACUAAAGGUGAGCUGCUUGCACAGCUGGAUAGUAUUCUGGCCUCAUCCGAGGACCACGUGGUGGUUGUGUGCUCCACAAGCAAGCCGGAGGAGAUUGACGAUUCCUUGAGGAGGUACUUCAUGAAGCGACUCCUCAUCCCGCUUCCCGACAGCACGGCAAGACAACAGAUAAUCAGUCGGGUGCUCUCACAGCACAAUUAUUCCCUCGUUGACAAAGAGGUGGCGCUGUUAGUCCAGCGGACAGAUGGCUUCUCUGGCCUGGACGUUACACGCCUGGUUCAGGAGGUAGCCAUGGCUGCUCUGCACACUGUUGGUGGGGGACUUUCAGCUGUUUUGCCCAGUCACCUUAGGCCAGUCACUUAUCAAGACUUUGAGAAUGUACUUUGCAAAAUUCAGCCUAGCAAAUCGCAAAAAGAACUGGACACGUACACUGAAUGGAACAGGAUGUUCGGUUGCGGUCAGUGAAACGCAACUGCGAGUUGUUUCUGAGCCAGAAAAAGGCCGACAGACUCCUGUCUUUAGGAGGGGAUGUUGCUGAAGAGCAAAAGUACAUUCUACCAUGACCGUAGCACUGAAGAGUUCUGGCGGUUAGUGAGUAUCACACACAAACCUUGGUUUGAUGCUUGAGAACACCUAAGAUAGGCACUUCUUACAAAGGUACACAUUGCCUUCAGAGGGAUGGGAGCCCCAUGUGUGUUGACGCUGUUAUGAGAUUUCAUUGCUAUGAAGUGCCUGAAGUGGUGCUUUCUGAUUUUGUGUGAUUUUUACAUUUGUUUGCCUCCCAAAACUACAUUGGUGCCAUAUGCUAAUAUGAAUAGCUUUAACUUCAAACAACAAGAGAUUUUCUGUUCUUUAAAUCUGAUAAAGAUCUGGUUUGCCAUUGGAAGAGCAACAGUAUUUCUCAGUUCUACUGGGAACAGUAGACUAGGGUUUUACUUGUAUUGUGAAUUUUAGUUUUGCUUUUUUUGUUUCGCUUUUUUGUCUACCAAAUCUCAGGAAAGUGAUUGUUGUUUUGUACAGUACCUCAAAAAAUACAUGUGUCAAAGCACUAUGUACAACUGAGAGUUUGUCGGGCUUUUUAGUUGCAUUAUUUAAAUGUAGGUUUACCUCAAUAGGUUGGAAAGAUAACAAGGGUAAGACAACGAAUGUACCUGACCUUUAGUCAACAUACUGGAUUUCAUGAGUCUUGUAGUGAAUAGUUCUAUAUUGCUUCAGUUUUAUUUAAAAAUGGUUUAAUUUUAUUUUGGACUUUGAUUGUUUAACUUUCACUUUAUUGUGGUUUCACAAACAUGUUUAUACCACGUGACAAAGAGGUGCGCAGACAUUAUACCAAACAAAGCCACAAUCAAAUUUCAAGAUGUCCGCCCUACUCUGAUGGCAACUGGCCAGCCAGAGGUGCAGAGGGUGAAGGCGAAUGGAAAAGUAUGAAGGUCAUUCAUCUGCACCAGGACUACCAAUUAUAUGAACCUAGCAUCCACAAAUUUACAGCUAUAAAUGAUAUGAUUCUGCUGUUGGUAUGUCAUAUGUAUGUAUGUAUAUAUUGUUACCUAAGAAUUGCAUAAGCCCUGCUUUUGUUUUCUACCUCAGUUAAGUGCUGUUCUUUCCGGGGGAUCUGUGUAGUUUAUUCCUCCGUUUUCACUGUUAAUGUGGAACAUCAACAUCACCCAAAAAACAAACUAUCAGGAAGUAUUAAGCCCAGAUUUGGAAUGUCAUUCCCUCCUCUUUGUUUAAGGAGUAUGAAAGUGUUACUGACUGCUGCUAAAGUACUGUGGCAGAGCCGCCCAGCCAGAACAGCAUUUAAAACUUGUGCACUGGACAGUUAAUGAAGGACUGAUUGUUUAGCUUUGUGUUACUUUUCUGAAAUCAUAUGAGUUGUAUGCACUUUUGUUUCCUGGCCAAAUGUCCAACACUAAUACAAAGAUGGCGUUUCAAUCCCAAGCUGGGUCUCCUAGCUUGAUGUGUAAACGCCGUUUUAAUGAGUUAAUUAUCUUCCUGGUGGCUAUUCAGAAAACAGAUGAAAUUGUCCUUAAACGUCAAGCGUGUUGAUAGUGAGCUUGGUGCCGCACUGGUCCACUCUGGACGUGGCGCAGGGCACUGGCUGAGGAAUCCUGGCUUUAAGACCUGCACCAGUUUCCCGAGCGGGUAUGUAAGGAGACCAGAUCUACACAGCUCUUAGUCUCAGAUUUUUCUACAAUAAAAAUAAGGUUACUGUGCAAACUUAAUAUUCUAUACAUAUAGCACAAUGCAUGUGGGAUUAACCAAAACUGGGAGGGAUGACGUCACAGUCCAUAUUAGCCUCUUAUAUGCGUUACUUUAAGCUGCUUUAAUGUUUAACUGUUUUCCCUUGAAUUUAACCCUAACUGUUGUAUGAGAGUGAUGCUGUGGUGGCUCUGGGGGCUGCACUGUCACCAGUUUCCAAGGGGCUGCUUCCCACCUGCACUCUGUGUGUGUGGUACAGUAUGCAUGGAUUUUCUCCAACAAUCCAAAGACAUGCAGUUGGAAUAAGUGCUGACUCUAAAUUGCCCAUAUUGUGCGAGUGUGUUGGUACUGUGCAGUAGACUGGCAUCCUAUCCAGGGUGUACCCCACCCUCGGUCCCGUGGCCCCUCUCUCUCUCUCUCUUUCUCACUCACCCUCUCUCGCAUGAUACAGCUUAGUGUAAAAAUAAUGAAAAUUAUUUUGUCUGUGUGUGCGUUUGUACAAACAUACAAGAUAAAGUAUCAUUAUUUUUACAGUCACUGUGUCCUAAUACCAUGUGCUGACCCACAUGUUAAAUUGCAACUUGAAGGCCAAUCUAUUUUCUGAGUGUUUGUUGUUGAACACAAUGGUUUUUAAUUGGUUAAGAAGCUCUGGAAUAACUGGAGGAAAAAGGGAAACGGCCUAAAGAUUUUUUUUCUUUUGCUUGAAUGGGGGGGAAAAUAUCGAUGCAAGUAAUUAAGAAACACAUUUGAAUUUCUCAGAUUUCUUCCAUAUCUUGAAGUAGUUCUCUAGUAAAAGAAUAGGCCUUUUGAUGUGGUAGCAGUUUGAAUGAAGUAAAAGAAGAAAAAUCAAGCUGAAAUCCCGAACCUGCAUCUCUCCCGACAUUCACGAAGACGCUGCAAGCUGAAAGCUAUAAGGCAGUCUGAGAAAUGCUGAUGUUCAUUUCAGCUUCUCCAUUGUUCCUGUAGAGAAACUACCGUAACACUUUGUAUAGGAAAGGCAAACGAGUCAAAAAAUGCUAUGUACACUGACGUUAAAAUUCCCUUUUGUAUCAUCAGACCAGGUUGAUUUCCCCGACAAACAUUUGUCCCUCUUUUUAACUUCAACAACAAACUACACAACACAUUAUUUUUAUGUCUAAACAUUUUUUUAUAACCAUGUCUACCUCAUUGCUUCGUGUUGUACAUGUGAGGAAUAUUUAUUUAGACUUUUUGAAUGCCAUGCAUUUGAUAUAUAUUUUUUUUUUUUAACCAACAUGCAAGGCAAUUUCAACAACAAACAGUUUUCCUGGAUAAACACUGGACAGCAUAAACAGCAGCUCUGGUAAGCAGUGAGGUGGUGAAAUCAGUAAACACUUUAAUUGGAUAAUUGACCGAGUUCUAAAUGUACUUACAAUGCCACUUUUCUGAAUGGGUAUUUUGGAAUGUGAAGUCUUCACCAACAUCUCACCUAAUGUAUUUUAUUUAUUUUUUUAUGUGUUACAUUAUCUUUUGAGAAUUGUAGUGUGCAUGUAAAUUUGACGUGUGCGUGUGUUGGAUUUAUAUAUACAAACUAUGUAUAGGCCUAAACAUACACGUACAUAGAUUAUUUUUGAUUGCCUUCAUUUUGAUAUCUGCUGUACGCGAUAACUUGCACCACAUGUUAUGCGUGUGUAAAUCAUCAUACGGUAAGCUUAAAUGUAUCUUCACGUUUUAACAUUACAUGAGGUGUUCAUUAAAGCUAUUUCUCUGAAACCCA